GCUUGGUUCAUAAAAACCUGCCUGUUUACAAACAAGACACCUAGGUAGGUUCGUAACGGCAACUUGUUUGACAACAUUUUCUGAACUGAACUAAAAAGACUAGGUACACAAAUUAGCUUCCAAUUAUCAAAAUACCUUACCACGAACAACUAGUGAAAGUAAUCCAUAAAUAGAAAGUUUAAGACAAGUUACCUAUGGAAAUUGAAAAAAAGAUUGCUCAAUUUGGUACUCAUUUCCAAGACACGACCGCUCCGCUCGCUUCCCACGACCCAAAUGAACUAAAAUGUGCGCUUGGCGGGCUAGAGGGAGAUAGCAUCCGCCGUCCCUCUCGCACUUGCGGAGCGGUUGUCAUGUCGAUUCAACCGUCCGCCGGGCAACGUUUCUUCCAUUUUGUUUUGAAUCGUCACAGCGUACACGACUGGGAAAAGUAAAUCAUGGUUAUCAAACGUGUCAGUGUAUCUUCGGAUUACUAAUGGAUCGCGUGGUGAAUUUUAGUUUUAGGAAAGCAGUAAAAGGAUAAAGUAACAUGUCGGAGCUGGACAAAUUUAAGAGGCGCACCAUCCGCUCGGUGGCGCGGCUGCUGCUUAAGGAGAAGAAGCCUCCUGAAGAACUAUGGAAGGAAAUGAAAAAGGAAACCGGCACUGACUGCCGUACACUAUGGGAGCGAAUGCGAGCGCUAUGCGUAAAGAAGCUAAACCGAAUGAUAGCAGUCGACGAUCGAUCUGCCAACCUCCCAAGCAUAGCUCGACUAUCGCUCACCGACUGGUUACUGGUGGAUCUCGUGUUGGUGCAUGAGGAAAUAGACGUUAUAGCUAUGGAUAAGCCAGAUAACAAGGAAUACCCAGCCCUAAUAGAACUAUUCAGCUUAGUCCAACGGUUCGAUAUUGAAGGGCGCUCCGGGGAGCCGCUGGCGGAGGCCUGGGCCGCCGCCACCGUUUUCUACAACCGACAAGGCCGCCAAUGCUCCCCGAUGCUGCUCCAACGCCGCUGGUACCAGCUGAAGAAGCUCACUCGUUGCCGCUUCUACAAGUUCUGGUUCUCGUACAAGGGCAACACCCGUCUUCUAGAAGAAGCUAGAAAAGCUAUGCCUUCGAGACUACAGAUGGCUAUCGCUAAGAGAUAUCCAAACGUUAUAACGAAAGAGUAUCCAGAUUGGGAGGAAUUAAUAGAAAAACGAUUCAUCAUAAUGCCUGAGGAAUUCGAAGCUAAGAUGAGGAUGCCCAACUUACCGAAGCCUUGCAACUCUAAUGCUCCAGAUCUAGUGGUUGUUGAACCCGUAAUCGAAACCAUAGAUCUCCGCUUAGAAUCAGACCCAGAAGAUCAAAACGAUGAUGAAAUGGAAGACACGUCUGAUCCCGAAAGGAGCAAUGAUGCAACAGAUAUAACUCAUCCAGCUACUGAAGAUGAAACUCCAGUUGGCGAAGAAGAAAAGCUAGUUACUGAAGAGGAAGUGCCAGUUAAUGAAGAGAUCCCAAUAAAUGACGAAACUUCAGGUAUAAAAGUUAAAACAGAACCAAUGGAAGAAGACGGCUUAUCAAAUGUACAGGUAAUUUCUGCUACGCAUGUCCCUGAAGUUGAAAUACCAGAUGAUAGUCCAGAUGAAACUCCUGAGGUUGUGUCUACUAAUUCAGAUGAGGUUGUAGUAAAAUCUGAGGUGAGCCAAAUGGAAACAAGUCCAGACGAUGAUGAAGAUGAUAUUAUAGAAAUACCAAGUGUUACUCCUGUAGUAGAACUAUCUCCUGAAAAAAAUAUAGAAAGAGAAACAGCGGAAAUACCAACUAAUAACGUACCAUGCGACGUGGACAUUAUAAAUGACAGUGAUGACGCUGUUAAUGAUAUUAUAAAAGUUAAAGCAGAUGAGUACUGUCGCAAAAGGGAUGAAGUUCCUUUUGAAAAGAAAAAUGAAAUCGAUGAUUUGAUAAAAGAUAAGGUAGAGACGUAUCUUAAGACGCCCAAAGAUACUAUAUCACUUAGUGAUAAGAAGCCUAAUGGUGCCACUAAUGACUUGAAAAAUAAAGCAAACGCGGCCGCUAUUGAUUUAAUGGCUGAUUUAAACUUCGUUGAUGACGGCAUUGAAUUUGUAGAUGAUGGCGUUGAAUUUAUAGAAGAAGAUCAUGCACAAUCUAUUGAAUCCACAACGAAAAUACCUUCUAGUAAACCAAUUGAUGACAAUUUACCUGCCGUUGACCAAACUGAAGAAGUAGAUGCUGAAAGUAACAAAUUUGACAUAAAACUAUUAAUGUAUCCAGUAGUCUAUACUACCAAGUUAGACCAAAUGAAGACGUUUAAAAACAAGGAAAUUGAUUCAGUAGAAGGUGUAGAUAAUAUAGAAAUGGCGGUCAUUGAGAGUAAACCAGUCAGUAAUAAAUCACUUGAUAUUAAAAUAAAAGAGGAAAGUGUGAUAACUACUGCAGGAGACACAGCAGACAGUGAUGAUCUCUUCACCAAUCGAGAAAUAACAGACGAUGAAGACUCAGAAGAAGAUAUAAUAGUGCCGAAGAACAGCUAUAUGUUGAAGAAACCCAGAACUCGCACUUACGAUCCUAUAAAACUAUGCAAAAACCCUGAUUUCAACACUAAACUUAAAAGAUUGACCAUAGGUUUUCUGAGUUCUACAAGAAAUCGCCAGUUACUCAAUGCCUGUAUACCAAUGACAAUAGAUUUAAGUAAAGCUUUUGAAUCAAAAUUAGUAAACGGUACAUUGUAUUUAAAACCCAGUGAUACAGCUCCAAUUGUAGAAAAACAGGAAGUGUUAGAAAAACAAGCAUCUUCGAUUGUCCCAACCGCGAUGUCCGUACAAAGUCUCAUUGAUAAUUCAAAAGUGGAUAUUCAAAAUUUGAUUCCACAUCAGUCCCCAAUAGUCUCUGAAAGAACAAAAGUAAUAAAUUUACCUGAUAUUGAUAAAGUUAGGAGAAUAAACCAACAGUUGCUUACUGCUCAAGUGCUACCACUUAGGGUUACUGCUGGAAAUAGUAGAACUACUAAUCCACAAGAAGUUACUCCAACAGUUUCAACUGUCCCUAGCAUCGAACCUGUACAACCAGUCACUGAUUCCACCUCCAUUCCAAAUACCGUGCCUAAAAUAAAAAUUGAAGGCGAAAAAAGCGAAAAUGACAGUUUGCCUACAGAAAGUACAGAAACCUUACCACCGGCUAAAGAAAAGCUUUUAAAGAUGAUCAAUCAGGCGAAAAUCUUAACUAAAGAAGCACUAGACAAAAUUGACGACGUUACGAAGCCAAAAGAUUUUCCAAUGCCGAUUGUAGUACAAGAAGUAAAAAACAACAUACCCCAAGAAGUGCCAACCAGAAAACACCAUUAUCAGCCUCGAGUGCCACUGCCAUGGGCACCAAAACUUACAGUACCGACUAAAAAUAACUUUGACGAUUUUGGCCUGCUAACGUCAGAUACGUUAAACAAAAUGUUGCAUUUACUGACGAGUGGUAAAGAGGUUGAUGGUUGCAAAUGUUGUAAUAUACCGAAGAAAAAGAAAAAGAAAGUGAAACGUAAGAAAAGCGAUGAUCAACAGAAAGACUCGGACAACUCGGACUCAGUGCAGGAAGUCGACAAAGAAGACGAAAGUAAAAAAUCUGAAGUUGCAGUCGCAAAACAAGCCCCAAAACAAACGACCAAAGUGGUACCCCUAUCUAAAGUGGUAAAGACGAAAUUCUGUUGCUGGGCGAAUCAAAAACUUAAUAACCGUAGACGUAACUCCAAGCACUUGUGUCCUCCUAACCCGUGCCAAUGUUGCUGUGCGGAUAAACUGGUCAAAAAAAUUCAGGCAGACGAGGAAGCAAGGAGAUCAAAAAUGAUGGCGAAAACUGUAGUUGAACUAUCAGAUGAUGAGGAAGACAGUCUGAGGAAAGCUUGCGAAUCGAUUGAGACUGUUGUGCAGCAAUCAGCUCUACUAACAGAUCAAGCUAAUGAUUUUGGACAGGUCAAAACUUCUGUAGUUCCAGCUGUGUCCGUAGUGGAUAGAAUACCUGUCCCAAUUGUGAAAGUGGCGCAGAGAUCACCUGAUGUUUCAACUGUGACCGUGGUGGACAGUGCACCUGAUGUUCCAAAUGUAACUGUGGUUUCACCUGCAAAGCCCUCAAUACCAUCAAUUAAUGUUGAAGUAGUCGCACCAUCCAUUUCUAAAGUAACUAUAGAUUUGGGUGUUAAUGCAGAUGAAAUUAAAGAAACACCAACGACGCCCACAAAACCUUACAUGAAAAUAAGAGCCGCGCCAAUUUCAUCUUUAAUGCCAGUCGAUCGACCAUCAAUCCGACCGAUACUAAAUCGGCCGACAGUACCGCAAAUCAAUCCAGUAACUGUCAACAGUGGACAUCUGCCAAACGUACAAAUACAUUCACAGCGAACACCUUCGCAGUGGGCCUCUUGCUCCUGUCAGAGGCCUGCCCUCAGUCAAGAUACUCGGCGGAACAUAGUGAUAGACGCGUCCAAACACUGUGUUAUGCAUCCGACACCCAUCGCUCCCAAACAAAUUGUGAGUCCCCAGAAGAUAGAUACGUCACUUCAGAUUCCACAAACACCCAAAGAGAAGAUUUUAUAUCUACACAGUAAAAGUUUAGCCAAAAGCCCACCGGAAAGCCCAAUAUUUUUGGGAAAGAACAAAAUUUUAUUAACCACUGUUAAAUUUCCACGAAAAAACAAUGACGUUGCUCCAACAACCGAAGUUUUCCAAUCUCCUAAAGUUAUCCCAACUUUGCCCCUGCCUGCUGGUGUACAGUUAGUGCUUAUGCCUUCAGGUAAUGUAACGUACACUGUAGAUCCGGGCGUUGAGUUAGAUGAAACACAAUUGGCAGCUUUACCUACGAUUUUAGCAGCAGUACAAGAACAGCUUAAUGCUUCAUGCGUUACUUCUUCGCCUGCUGUUCCUGAGCCACAAGUCAGCGCAGCCGGAGAUGUUGAACCAGUUACAGCUGUUACGCAGCCCGAAACUAGUGGUUCUGAAAAUACAAACUUGCCACAAAGCGAUGAAACUGCAGAGACUCCUCGCGCCGAAAAUAAUAUUAAUGAACUUAUUGACCCUCCUGAAUCAUUAGAAACGAACGAAGUAUUCCAAGACACAGAACUACCGCCAAAAAAUACUAAUAACGAAGACAUGGAAGUCGAUACACGGAGUACAAAAGCAGAUGGGCCAACAGAACAGAAUACAUCUACUACUACUAGUACCAGCGAUACAGAAAAAGAAUCUGCUCCCAUGACUGAUGAUACAGUAAGUGGAGCUACAAUUGACCCUGAAGCACCAAAAAGUAUCACUGAACCCCUCGCUUCUGCUCAAACAGCACCAGCUGUUGAAGAGUCACAAAGUGAAAAACAAACUCUAGAAACCCAAAGUGUAUCAGAAAAUAAAGAAGCACCUGAAGGAACUCAAGAGAUCCAAAGUGUAGCAGAGGGAAAAGAAGAUGGCAUUAGCAAUAGAAAAAGUUUGCUAUCUGACUUGAUGGAGAUGUCGGGAAUCUCUGCAGAAGAUACAACAGUGCCUGAUCCACCGGCUCCCGAACCUCUAGUCAUAGAUCAAGUACAAGACGCAGCUAUUGAAAAUGAUGAAUCGCGGAAUCUUCCAGAACUAAGUCCAGUGACAUCUUUUGCUGAACUUAAAUAUGCAUGCGAACAGAAUGGCAAGUUCUUUAAAUUAGACUUUGAUACGGGAGUUAUAGUACCUAUUAAUGUCUGCAUUAAAAAGAACCCUAAGACUAAGACAACUCCUAAAACAAAAGAAUUCAUUGAUUUGACUGAUGAUGUUGAGACUGUUGAGAGUAUGACUCUUGAGAAUGCUGAACCUGGAGAUAUUCUAAAUAAAUCUAAUGAUGAUCGGCCUGCCAGUUCUUCAUUAUUGAAAGAGCCUGUCGAAUAUUUAUAUAAUGGUAAAACUGUGAACGUUUCGAGUAGUAUAGUCAAACCAGUCAAAUUAUUUAAAGCUUUUCGCCCGACGCCGAAAGUACCGAGGGUUCUAAAAGCUGGCCCACGAACAGUCCCAUCUUAUAACUCUCCAAGCCUAUUAAAGCGAACACAUAUAGAAAAGAGAAAACAGAAAUUAACAAUAGUCAGAGCGAAGGUCGAAGCCAAAAUCGAUUUGGUCGAUUCUGAUGAGCCGAUGGAGGAAGAAUAUCUCCUGGACAGUUCUGAUGAUGACACCGAAGCCGAGCCAAUACUAGUUGAAGCCUUAAACACUUCACUAUUAGAUGAUUCUUCAGACGAUGAACCUCUAGCUAAGAAAUCUAAACGUUUAAAGGAAGCAGACGCGAAAGAAGUAAGAGAAACAAAUAUAUUUGAUGAAAUUCCUGAUGUACCAAGUCCUGAUGAACUGACAAAUGAUGUGAACAAUUUGGUAAUGGACAUAGAAACUGCAGCAGUUACUGGUGGUACUGGGCAGGUACAACAAUUAAGUGUGAAAAAGGGCGUAGUUCCUAAAAGCAGUAAAAAGAAUGCUACAUCCUGCAGUAAGAUAGAUGAACCUAGGGCAAAAGUAAGAAAAAUUCUUGAACCUAAUGUCGUUGUCCGUUCUGAAGGCCCAAUAAUAGAAAUACAAGCUCACAAUCCAGUAGACAACCAGUCAGAUGAUGAAGAAUUAGAUAAAGCUCCUCCAGAACUUAGAUUCUUAUCUGAUCACAGCGAGGACGGAGACGGGGAUGAGGACUGCAUACUAGGAUUCUAAAUUUAAACCACAGAAACCGACGGUUAAAAAGUGAAGUGGCAAAUCCUAAUGUGGUUGAAAUUCAGUUACGAUUUUUGCGAUUUUAGCCGACGAAAUGUGUGUAUACGUUAUUUUCAGUUUUUAAUGAGCUGUCCCCACAGUCUAAGAAAAAAUCUUAAAGCAACCCUGAGCGAAUUGGCCCAUUUGACCAAUAAGGGCAAGCGGUAUGUCACCGGAUAGGAACUUUUACUAUGGCAGGUAGUCCCAAAUGUUUGUAUGAAAAAAUUGAUCACCGCCAAAAGUAUGUUGAGUUGAAAUGUGACUAUCGUUUUUUCGAUACUAAGUUACUGUGUCGCAUAUCAUGAAGGUUUUGUUAUUCCCAGCAGUGGGACGUAUAUAGGCUGAAUUAUUAUUAUUUAUACGGGUUCUUUAAAUAUCUCAGUACACAGAGUACUGGCGUAAUGAAGUACACGGGCCAAUAUUAUUAUUUGUUAUUGUUUGUUGUCGAUGAUUUUGCGUCACGAUAUUUUAGUUUUUUAUUCACCCUCUCAUGUUUUUUUGUCAUAUUUUUUUAAACAGAGAUUUGACAGAUCUCGCCAUAAAAAAAAUGAAGUAUAUAAAAAAAUUCCGAUGGCUUCACUUGUUCUUAUUGGUUCAUGGGCCAUACAAAUCUGCCCAUCCUCCUUUGACAGUUAAAUUAGAUCGCCACGGCUCCGUCAUGUGGUAAAUCUGCUUUUCAAAAAUUAAAGUCAAAAUUAUGGAGGGUAGCGCAAGGAGAAAACUCUCUUAUGGGACAAUAGUUGCAAGUGUCCAGCUCAAAAAAAAAAAAAUCAGCUGUAAAUAAUAGUUCAUAAUCUCUCCGAGCGGCGCUAGGGUAACUAAUCUAUAACUCAGGAACAAAUAUAUGUAAUAAACAAACAAAUAAAUGCUCUUAUCAGAAUUCGAACCCGGGACCUCCUGCUUCAUAGGCGGGGUCACUACAGACUAGGCUAAGAAACCGUCAAAACAUUGUUCGCGAUGUAUUGUGGCGCCACCUAUUGAAGGUUUUUUGAUGGACACUGUUCAUACACAGAGUAUUCUCCUUACCUUUCCCUCUAUAGUGAGAGUUACCACAAACAAUAGCGCCGAACAGCGCUAUCUACCUUUAGGCAUCCGCACAAUUUUUUCCUAGAUUUUACAUCUUCUGUACACCCAAUAAUUCUACUAUAGUAUUUUUCACAAACCUUAGGCACGGUGAUAGCUGUCAUCUUCAUACAAAUUAUAACCUUAAAACGCAAAAUAUUGAAAUUAUGUAUUGAAAUGACAGCUGUCACUGUACCGAAGCUAUGUGAAAAAUACUAUAGGUACCUAGUUAUAUUAUAAAAACACUCGCGCAUUUUUUCAUUAACUGUGUAGCUCAUUAAUAAUUUUCUACAUUUCAAUCACGGAAUAGUCCUUCAAAUAACCUGUGUUUUACACUAAAUUCUUACAUCACAAAUAAAAGUAAUAAAAUAAACCAUAGUUUCUAAACGUGAAUUUACUAAAUAUUUGAAUUCAGAGCCCCUAGUGUAAAUUUAUUCGAUAGCGAAACGUGACGUACGCGUUUGCGUUAAGUCUCAUUUUGUAUACUAUAGGCUUUAGAAACAGCGCGCCAAACGGAACGUUUUGGAAACUCAAAAUCCCAUAAAAAAUGAGACUUAACGCAAACGAGUACGUCACGUUUCGCUAUCGAAUAAAUUUACACUAGGGGUACUGUAGUAGGAUAGUUGUGACUGUAUUUAAUUUGUCUGUGAUAUUAUCCUGUAUUAGGAUCUUUCAGUGUGUCUAGUUUAGUUUAAAACUUAAUAGCUGGUAGAAUGAGAUGGUAAUACCUACGUAUAUGUAUUGCGUUCUCACAAGAUAGAGAAAGGUGUAUAUUAUUUUCCAGUCCCUCUUAACAGUGUCCUGUAAAAUAUUUGCAGUAGGCAUAAGUGUUUUUAUAUUGCACAUAAAUAUUAGAAUAAGCUACCACUCAAUGGGGUUGGCCGGUCUAACUAUUUUACAGAUGACGCUAGGAUAGGUUUUACCUGUUAAGCUUACGAAUAUUGUCAAUUUCUUUUUUUUUUAUUUAAGUCAAAUUUCAUAGAAAAAAAGAGAUAGGUAAAACAUAUGUUGGCGCCAUCUAUAAAGACAUUUCACAGUUGCCAACCUCAUUCCAAGUUUGUAUUUGUUUUCAAAUUAAAAGAACUAGUAUGGUUACAUUUCCAUGCCUUUAUUGUGAAUUUCUGGUGGUUUGAACGUACUCACAUUUUUGGUUUUGGAACGAUUAUGUAAAAAUAUUUAAAAUUAAGAUUUAGGUAAUACAUAGGUAUCCCCUUUAAUCCUAAUUGUCUUUGUGCUCCGGACGUUAAAUACGAGCAUUAAUUAUUUUACUAGAAAUAUAAAAUAUUGCAUUAAAAAAAUACGUUGACAAAGAUUGUUUUUAUGAAUAGGUAAAACUACUAUUAUUUAAGUUAAAAAAAAAACAAUACAUAGGUACAUAAUUAUUAUCUUCAAAACAUUCACCUUUUAGCUUUGAUACACAAACGCAAACGUGUUAAAAUUAUGAAAUAUAUACCGCAGUAUACAUUUUUGUCAACGUAUUUUUAGGUCAUCCUGUAGUGACUGACUAGGAAGCCCCAAGCCGAAAGACAUGCCUGUAUAUGGGUAUUUUUAUUUCCUAUGUAGAUUAGAUUGCAUUGAUAGUGAUAUUAUAUUAUAAAUAUCUAUAAUACAUAGACUUUGGUGUAAUAUAAAGUGAGAUACACCUUUGUAAAAUGUAUUAGGCGGGUGCACACAGAGCGAGCCGAGGCACGUCUACACUGGCCCUUUUUUGCGCGAGGAAUUUGCCUCGCGCGUAUGUUCGCUCUGUGUGGACUCGCCUAAUAAGUAUCUAUUUUGUCAAGAGGUUAUUUGGCCACGUAUUUUUUUUUCAGUGUUACCUUUUUAUCGUAAUUGACAAGAAUUAAGAUCUUCUAGUUAUUUUAAGUAAGGAUCGUCUUUAAGUUAAGCAUUUAAUAUUAAAAAUGAACGAAUAAAGCUGUUGUGAAGA